UGAAUCCUUCUCAUAUAAUUGAAUGAAGCGUUUAUACUUGACUCCAUCGCGCUACAACCAUUUCUUCACCUUUACACAGAGUUUUGAUUUCUUUUAUCUUUUUAAACCUCUGUACCGGAAACGCUGCCGCUCGUGACAGUUAGCUUGAUGCUAUCCAGGAAGUGAUCUCUUGUUCAGGUUUUCGCAGGUUUUGCAGAAACUGAGAAUCUAUCCGAGGUCAAAGUUCACAUCUGAUCCAACAGGAGGCCGCGAGACAUCACUUCAAACAUGACGAAGCACGAGUUCGAGGUGGCGAUGACGUGUGAAGGAUGUUCUGGAGCCGUCACCAGAAUCCUCAACAAACUGGAAGAUGUGAAGUUUGAGAUCGACCUGCCUAAGAAACUGGUUUGGAUCGAGUCCGACAGAGACGUGGAGUCUCUCAUGGAGACUCUGAAGAAAUGUGGGAAGGAGGUCAAGUACAACGGCACGAAAUGAAGGAGUCUACAUCUGCUCAUGUAGAACAGGAAAUCAUUGCUGCUAAUUCAAAGCAAACAUUUCCAAACUGGAUGGAAGAGUCUGGACCCCCCCCCCGCAGCUCAUACACACAAGAGUCCCCCUGGACGCACAUCAUCUUUCAGUGUUGUGGUUUACAAGACGACAAGAACAACAACAAACACACAAACGAUGAUGUCAGUACUUGUUAUUUGCAGUAUUGUGUUUGACGUCCUCCCAUAUGUUUGUGUUUCAUGUUGUUUGUCCUCCAACAUGGCGUCCUGGUCAGAAUUACCAUCUUACACGUAUUACACCUCUGUAUUACCCAAUUUUAUAGAACUGAAGGUAAUUUUUUACAUGUCGCUCUUUUAUCUAUAAAAUAACAGAGGAAUCCAUAUAUGUUCUUGAAUAAUUGUUAAUUUCAGUUGUCAAAUGAAAAGAACACGAAAACCGAUAUGUGAAGCAUUUGGUUGCUACCUUCAUGUUACAUGAUCAUGUACAUGAUGUUUGUAACUGUCCUGAUCUAAAAACAGAUUCUAUCAAACGUCCUUUGAACCAUAUGAAGUACAUUCCCUGGAUUAUGAAACAUUCUGCAAACUACUGAUACUAAUAUUUGUCUAAAUGUAUUAUUGAGUUUGUUUUGGAUUUAACACUAAUAAAUGUAGACUUUAAUGGGGAAUAUCUGCCAAGGUUUUGGAGAUUUGCUUACACACACUAAUGCAUGAAAUUCACUCUUGUUACUUUAGGAAAACAAUCUCCGUCUUCUGGGGUUUUUCAUCGUCUGGGAAUUAAAAUCAAAUCUGUUCUGCCUCA